AAUUAGCAAGACUUUAGUCAGCAUAUUUCAAUUUAUUUCAAUUGUAUGCCGCCUGCUGGUGGACAAGAGAGGUGCAUGGUGCGGAAGCAGAUCAGCGAAGUGCAGAGACCCUCCUCUUGCAACAUUCACUAGCAUUUGGUAGCUUUUGUCCAAUGCAGUGUUCUAUUUUGUUGGUAAUUGUUUGGAAUAACAUUGCAGAAAUAUAUCUGAAGAAAACAUUGGAAGUUGUUGUGGAGAAAUCAUUGGAACGCUCACUGUGAGCCUGGCAGAGCGAUGGAUGGAAUUGAGAGUCUGAAAACGGAAGAGCACAGCGGCAGUGGAGAGAAUAAUGGACUCUGCAUCUCAGACUCUGGAGAAACUACAAGCAGAGAUGAUGCAAACGGAGACAGUGCCAGUGGAGAACUUAUCAACGCAGGUUCAUCCAAAGGGGACGCUGGAAACAUAGAGACACCUAGUGGAGAUGAUUCUAAUGAGAGUAAAUCUCCCAAAGGAGAGGGUGGUGAUGGCAGGACAGAUGGUGUGGAUGCUGUUAACACUAGUGGAGAUGGUGCAAAUGGAGACUCUGCAGCUUCUGCUAAGGGGAACCCCGGUGGGGUGAUGAGCUCCUUUCAGACUGGAGACAGCACCAUGACACAGGAGGCAGCCAGCGACAGCACACCACCAGAGCCUCACUCUCACACCCCUCCCACAGAACUGAAGGCUGCCACUGGGGCCGAGGAGCACAGACAGGAGGAGAUGGGCACUGAGGCUAUGGAGGGAGUAGUGGAGGGAAAACAGGAUCCCCAGGGGCAGGGAUCAGAAGGAGGUGCUGAGACUUUGGAAGGAGAUAAAGAGGAAACAGCAGAGGUUCUGGAGGAGGAUAGGCCCAAGGGGAUUGUGGAAGUAAGUGGUGAGUGUUUGAGAGGGGCAACUGAAAGUUUGGACGGGGGUGAUAUGGAGGUGAAUGGGCAGUCAGAGGACAGUGUGUCUGGCGUGCUGGAGAUUCCGGUGAUCAGUGAGAUUAAGGAAGAAAUCAGCAUGGACUCUGAACCCAGCGGAUCCGUAGGAGGGGACACUGCCGACCUGGACAUGGGAGUGGACAUGGAGAUGAGCACCGGAGGUUUGGACAUGGGCGUCGAGACGGUUGACACCUCACACUCAGAGGCAUCCUCUGAGAGAAUGGUUGGGCAUGGCGUCAAACUGACCAGUGUGGCCACGGAAACCGACACCGAGGAUCUGGACAUGGGCGUGGAGACGGUUAUGGAGGACAGCACUGACUCAUCGUCAGAUGGGAAAGACAAGACAAAGACAGCAGACUCAGGCCUGAAGCAGGAGAUUGAGAACCCUGAUGUACCCAGGAACAGCACAGAGACUCCGGCACUGGCCAAUCAGGAAACUAGUGCAUUAGAGUCAGCGUCUCAGGACGCGAUGCCUGCGGCAGAGCUGAACCUUUGCAUCAAGGACGAGCCCCAGGACGAGGAAUAUGAUCGGGCGCUCGCACCCUUCAACACAGACGGGAUCAAGGAUGAGCCCGACUCGGCAGAGGAGUUUGGAGUUCAGCAGAAGUUGUCUGAUGAGUUUAAGAUCAGUGCCGUGUUCUCUGUGGGACAGACGCCUGCUGUUACUGCUGCUAAAGCAGACGCGCCCGUGCCAGCGGCACCCGUGAAGCCUGCAGCGCCUGCCUCAGCCUUGCCAGGGCAGCUGCCCGUGGCGAGCGCCCUCUGUGUGGUGUGUUCGGGCUGCCAGAAGGUCCUGCUGAAGGGCCAGACGGCGUACCAGCGCAAGGGCUCGCCUCAGCUCUACUGCUCCACCACCUGCCUCACUGGCUCCACAGGCACCUUCAUCAAACAGUCUUCCAAGAGGACCUGCCACUUCUGCCUCAAGGUGAUCCUUAAUCCAAAGGAUGUGAUCAUUGCCCCCGUGGACAAGGCAGGCUUAAUGAAGGACUUCUGCAGUCAGAAGUGCCUCUCCACCUUUAAUUUCAAACGGGACAGUGUCCUGGCAACGUUGGCAACACCCAAAGCGGCCACAUCUGUUACCUUGGCUGCCCAAGCCGCCUCUGCUCCCCAAGUCACCCCAUCACCACCUUCCACAGUGGAGCCCAGAGCGCGAUGCAGCAACUGCCAUAAAGUUGUGGUGACUAAACAUGAGGUGAACUACAUGGGCGCCACGCACAAGCUGUGCAGUGACGAGUGUUUUGCGGGCUUCCGCUCCUCCAAUAAGCUCAACAUGAACUGCUGUGCCCACUGCGGGAGCUAUUGCUAUCAGGGAGGCCAGGGCCACACGCUGCAGAUCGACAACGUCAGCAAAAAGUUCUGUAGCCAGACUUGCAUCACUUCUUAUCGCAAGAAGAGUCUGACGUCUGUGCAAUGUGCGAUGUGCAAGGCAUUGCGGCCCUCUUCUGAGAUGGUCGAGGGUGUCGACAACAAAGGCAAAACGGAACUCUUCUGCUCUGCCACUUGUGUGACUGCUCACAGAGUGCACACGGUCAGCUCUGCAGGGACCUCGCUGCCAUGCGACAGAUGUGGCACCACUGCAGUGCCUCAGUAUCACCUCGCCAUGUCCGACGGAUCCAUCCGGAACUUCUGCACUUUCAACUGUGUUGUUAGUUUUCAGGACAACUUCAACAAGACCAAUGCACAAAAGCUGAACGUAGCGCCGGCUAAAGUGGACGUGGCACCCAGCACCUCGGCACCCCAGUCCUCAGCCUCUCCUCCCCAGGCUGCUUUAUCCGCUAAGAUGGGGAAGUUGUCCUGCCGACAAUGCAACCGCACCAUCAGCACCAAGCCAGAGACUGUGGAGGUCAAGGGGAGGAUGUUCGUGCUCUGUGGGAAGCAGUGUGCAGAGGACUUCAGAAAAGCGAGCCAGCUUCCGAGCCGCUGUGACUACUGCAAGGCCGACAAAGGUGUGAAGGACGUGAAGAAGGUCUGUGGUGUGGACCGGUUCUUCUGCAGCGAGGGAUGCACUCUACUCUACAGGCACGACCUGGCCAAACGCUGGGGCCGCAAACACUGCCGCAACUGCCGCUACUGCGGAGGCAUCUCCCCGUCCGUCGUCUCCAGCCAAUUCUCUGGCAAGCAGGAAGAGUUCUGCAGCCAGGAGUGUGUCUCCGCCUACACACUGCUGUUUUGCCAGGUGGCUAAGUGUGCGUGGUGCCAGCGUGCUCGGGCCAUGUCCGAGUCCCUGCGCUGGUUAGGCGAGAUCAAACACUUUUGCAAUUACCACUGCCUCAUAUUGUUCUGCAGUCAGCAUGGCAACAAAGAGCCGCUCAGCAAGGUCAUGUCAGUCACGUCAGCCACGUCAGUCACGUCAGCCACGUCGACCCCUACAGCUCAAAAGCCACCGGUCUCUAAAGAGGCCACACCCGUCAUUGCCAAUGUCAUCUCACUGUCCAGCACUCCUAAUGGACAGCCCAGUGUCCUGGCCAAUCCUACUCUACAAGGUGCGGUACCAAACAUGCCUGUCAAGAACACUGGACAUGCAAGCACACAGACGGACACGGUGAAGGCCCCCCCUCCCCCUCCACCCAGGGUGCUGAAGAACAAGUCGCUGCUCUGCAAGCCACUCACACAGACCAAAGGCACACUCUGCAAGCCCACACACCAGACUAUAGAGACGCAAACAGAGCACAAAUAUCCAGAUGUGCUGGUGUUGCCCGUCCCUGUGCCCGUAUUUGUGCCAGUACCCAUGAACCUCUACAGCCAGUAUGCCCCUCAGCCACUGAGUCUGCCACUGCCGGUGCCAGUGCCCUUGUUCCUGCCUACAACUUUGGACAGUGCAGAGCGGAUUGUUGAGACAAUCCAGCAGAUCAAGGAGAAGAUCCCCACAGACCCGCUGGAAGCUGACCUCAUUCUCAUGGCCGAACUUGUCGCUGAGGACAACCAGAAGGAUGAGAAGGAGAUGCCAGUGGCCAGCACUUCCCCAGACGAUGUUCCGGAUAGUCCCCCACCCAUUCCAGACUUUGAUCUGGAUGCUCUGGGCUGGGACGAUGACCUGCUCUCUGCUCAGCCGUCUGACACACCCACAUCCUCUCUUGACCCACCCCCGUCAGAACCCCCAGAGGAAAACAUCGACCUGGAGGCAGACUUCUCUAUUGAAGCCCUGGAGACAGCCGCAGAGAGACUUGAGAACCCGGAACCACCUCCCUCAAAAAGACCACGCCGCAGAGUCCGAGAUGGAUUCCCUCAGAAAAAACGGUUAUCCCGUAAGCGCCCCACAGUGGAGCCGGCUGCUCUGCCUCUGCCUGCUGGGAAGCUGCAUGCUGUGUACGGGGUGAAGGCCUGGAAGAAGUGGGUGCAGUGGAGGAAGACCCAGCCUGAUGUCACCAUGCCCCGGUUUGGAUCACGGCCCAUAGUUCUGAAGGAGGAUCUGCUGCAGUGUAGCACCGCUGAGCUGAGCUACGGCCUGUGUAAAUUCAUCAGUGAAGUCCGGAGGCCCGGGGGUGACGAAUACAGGCCUGACAGCAUCUAUUACCUGUGCCUGGGCAUACAACAGCAUCUAUUUGAGAAUGGGCGCAUGGAGAACAUCUUUGCAGACUUGUUCUACAACAAGUUUACACAGGAAAUAACCAAACAACUCCAGGACUGGGCGCCAGUGGUAACACCAGGCGGUUAUAUCCACUCUCGCGUUGAGGAGGAGUACCUGUGGGAGUGUAAGCAGCUGGGCGCCUACUCGCCCAGCGUGCUGCUCUACACCAUCUUCUUCUUCUGCACCAAAUUCUUCGGCCUGCGCACCGUCCAGCAGCACCAACGCCUCUCCUUCGCCCACGUCAUGCGCUGCACGCGCGCACACAAGAGCAGCAAGGCUGCCUGCCUCCGCUUCUACCCCCCUAUAAACCGCAAAGAGUCGCCCAAAGGUACAGAUGGUGAGGAGGCAUCAGGUAAGAGGAAGAAGGAGGAUGAAGAAGAGGAGCCAGUUCUAGAGAUGCAGGAGAACACGGAGAACCCUCUCCGCUGUCCCGUCCGGAUCUAUGAGUUCUACCUUUCCAAAUGCUCACCGUCAGUAAAGCAGCGCACCAACGUCUUCUACCUGCAACCGGAGCGCUGCUGCGUGCCCAACAGCCCCAUGUGGUUCUCCUCCUCACCACUAGAUGGGGAUGCACUGCAGGCCAUGCUGACACGCAUCCUCACCGUCAGAGAGCUGCACUUGCCACAGGAGCCCAGCACUCAACGGACAGCCUCAUCUGACGAACAGGACUCGGACUGAACUGACCUGAGCGCAUGUGCAGAUAUAGCACGCAAACAGACCUCUCUGUUAAAUCACUUCACACGCAUACACUUGCACACAUACACAUGAUGGAUAGGACAAACACAAAUGCAAACACAGAUGAGAAUGAUUUUCAUGGAAAAGUAACCAGGACUCAUUUUACGAUGUUGUACAUCCACUUAACGCACAAGUAUGAACAACGGACCCUGUUUGAAGAUGUGGAAACAGAUGGGGAUUUAAUAUGCUAUUCUUCUUUCUGUUUAACUCUCCUGCUUGCGUGUUGUCCAGACUACUGCACUUGGGUUGCAGUUAGAGUAGGAGGUGCAAAAAGCAGUGAAGAGCUGCAGCGGUGGCUUAGACACCAAGCUUCCAACAUUAUGCACACACUGUGUCACACAGGGCCAGCAACAGCUGCACAUGUCCAUCCAUCAGACUGAUUUGAUUUUUUUUUUUAGGGCCAGAGACUUGCGGUACACUGAACAUCCCCGUCGUCCCUGGGCUCUGUGGCGGCAGUGAAUUAAAAAGAAAAGUCGAAGAGUCUGUGCCUUCUGAGGCCCUUGUUGUUUCACAUUCCAUCUUGAAAUAAAUAGAUAAUGUCUGUCUGUUUCUGAUCGUGCUCUGGUUACAGCCCUGAGAUGAGUGUUGACGGUGCAGAGUUCUGAUCUGUGUUGUAUGUGGAGAUAUAUUUUCUACCGAAAGAUUGUGAUAUUUUUUUUUUUUUUUUUUCUAUUUGUAACUAUUGAUACACUAAAGUGACAGAUCUACAUUUAUAAUAGCAGUAGUCAUUUGUCCAUGCUGUAGAUCUGAGUAGAGUGUGAAGGGAGACCAAGAAAAACAGUGCGGUUGGAUGCACAGUGUACUGCUGGGACCUCCUCCAGUGCUGCCCUUUCCUGUAUGAUUUAAAAUAUCUCAGUAAAAAGAUUUUUUUAAUUCAA